AACGUCGCAACCUCACCCAACACCCCACACCCACCCCACACUCAACUCCUACUCCAACCCUGGCCCCAACGUAUAUAUAUUUUGAGAAAGAAAAAAAAAACCUUUGCUUUACUCUUAUCCAUUCUCAUUUGAGACAAAAAUUAGUAAUCAAAACAGAAAAUGGUGAUGAGAAGAAAAGCAGCUCUGAGUCUCUUAUGGAUAUUAACGGCGUUAACUCUACACCUCGUGAUUGUCGCCAGCGAGUAUUUCAAGCCGUUCAAUGUUACCUACGAUCACCGUGCUCUCAUCAUCGCCGGCAAACGCCGUAUUCUUAUCUCCGCUGGCAUUCACUACCCUCGCGCCACUCCUGAGAUGUGGCCUCAAUUGAUAGCUAGGAGCAAAGAAGGUGGUGCAGAUGUGAUUGAGACUUAUACAUUUUGGAACGGUCAUGAGCCAGUGAGAGGACAGUAUAACUUUGAAGGAAGAUAUGAUAUUGUCAAGUUUGCAAAGCUAGUUGGGUCUCAUGGACUAUAUCUCUUUCUCCGAAUAGGUCCUUAUGCUUGCGCGGAGUGGAACUUCGGGGGCUUCCCUGUAUGGCUUCGUGAUAUACCUGGAAUAGAAUUUCGAACGGAUAAUGCACCAUUCAAGGAGGAGAUGGAGCGCUUUGUAAAAAAGAUAGUUGAUCUUAUGAUGGCAGAGUCACUCUUUUCAUGGCAAGGUGGUCCGAUCAUUUUGUUGCAGAUUGAAAAUGAAUAUGGAAAUAUUGAAAGCUCAUUUGGUCCAAAUGGGAAGAAAUAUAUGAAAUGGGCUGCUGAAAUGGCAGUUGGUCUUGGCGCUGGUGUUCCAUGGGUCAUGUGCAAGCAAGCUGAUGCUCCAGAAUACAUUAUAGAUACUUGCAAUGCAUACUAUUGUGACGGGUUCAGGCCAAAUUCUGAGAAGAAACCAAAAAUUUGGACUGAGAAUUGGGAUGGAUGGUUUGCAAAUUGGGGGGAAAGACUCCCGCGUAGGCCUACCGAGGACAUUGCAUUUGCAAUUGCUCGUUUCUUUCAGCGUGGGGGCAGCUUGCAGAACUAUUAUAUGUAUUUUGGUGGGACAAACUUUGGCCGGACUGCAGGAGGCCCAACUCAAAUCACUAGCUAUGAUUAUGAUGCUCCACUUGAUGAAUAUGGACUACUGCGUCAACCUAAAUGGGGCCACUUGAAGGAUCUGCAUGCUGCUAUAAAGCUUUGUGAACCUGCUCUUGUUGCUGCUGAUUCACCUCAGUAUAUUAAACUGGGACCAAAACAAGAGGCACAUGUCUAUCAUGGAACACCCCACAACAAUGGCCAAUAUCUGUCCUUGAAUGAGAGCUUGUGCGCAGCAUUUAUUGCAAAUAUUGAUGAACAUGAAUCAGCAACUGUGAAAUUUUAUGGUCAAGAGUAUGCUUUACCUCCAUGGUCAGUGAGUAUUCUGCCAGAUUGCAGAAACACAGCUUUUAACACAGCUAAGGUGGGGGCACAAACUUCAAUCAAAACAGUGGGCUUUGAUUCUGUUUCAGUUGGAAAUAAUUCCUUGUUUCCGCAAUUAAGGAUUAAAAGCAAACUCGGAAGCAUUUCACAAUCUUGGAUGACAUUGAAGGAGCCACUUGGUGUGUGGGGUGACAAAAAUUUUACUUCUAAAGGGAUACUGGAGCAUCUGAAUGUGACAAAAGACCAGUCUGAUUACCUGUGGUAUCUGACCAGGAUAUAUAUUUCUGAUGAUGACAUCUCAUUUUGGGAGGAAAAUGAUGUUAGUCCAACGAUUGAUAUUGAUAGCAUGCGUGACUUUGUUCGCAUAUUUGUUAAUGGCCAGCUUGCAGGUAGUAUGAAAGGAAAAUGGAUCAAGGUGGUUCAACCAGUUAAGCUGGUCCAGGGAUACAAUGACAUACUGCUAUUGUCUGAGACGGUGGGAUUGCAGAAUUAUGGUGCCCUCUUAGAGAAGGAUGGGGCAGGUUUUAAAGGUCAACUGAAGCUUACAGGAUGCAGAAACGGGGAUAUUAAUCUCACAACAUCCUCAUGGACCUACCAGGCGGGGCUCAAAGGUGAAUUCCUGAAUGUAUAUGAUGUCAAUAGUACCGAAAGAGCAGGAUGGACUGAGUUGCCGAACGAUGCAAUUCCAUCAGUCUUUUCCUGGUACAGAACGAAGUUUGAUGCACCAGGCGGGACAGAUCCAGUUGCCCUUGAUUUCAGUAGCAUGGGAAAAGGUCAGGCAUGGGUUAAUGGUAACCAUAUAGGAAGAUAUUGGACUUUGGUUGCACCAAAAAAUGGAUGUGGAAGAACUUGUGAUUAUCGUGGUGCUUACAACUCUGAUAAAUGUAGGACAAACUGUGGAGAGCUUACUCAGGCCUGGUAUCACAUACCUAGAUCAUGGCUAAAGACUUCUAAUAAUGUACUAGUUAUCUUUGAAGAAACAGAUAAGACUCCAUUUGAGAUUUCCAUUACUACGCGUUCUACUGAAACCAUAUGUGCUCAAGUAUCAGAAAAGCACUAUCCACCUCUACAUAUGUGGUCUCACUCAGAGUUCGAUGGAAAAUUGUCUCUGAUGGAUAAAACACCAGAAAUGCACUUGCAAUGUGACGAAGGGCAUACGAUCUUCUCUAUUGAAUUUGCAAGCUAUGGAAAUCCGAAAGGCAGCUGUCAGAAGUUCUCUCAAGGCAAAUGCCAUGCUGCAAAUUCCUUGUCUAUUGUGUCUCAGGCUUGUAAGGGAAGAAAUAGUUGCACCAUUGGCAUUUCCAAUGCUGUAUUUGGAGAUCCAUGUCGACAUGUUGUGAAGAAUUUGGCUGUUCAGGCAAAAUGCUCGCCACCACCAGAUCUCUGCACUUCAGCUUCCGUGUGAGAAAUUAUUUCGUGAAAUCAUAAAGCUUAGAAUGAAACCCUUCCCUUAAAGUCCAUCUGUUGCCUAGCCCCAGCUCCUUCAGCAAUUCUUAAAUUGCAUAGUUACAAGCACUCCAGAAUUCAUGUAUGGACGAUUAUCUGUAAAUGUUCGGCUGAUGUAUAUGAAAUGAAAUGUCUAACAGUCUCAAUAUCUAUUGCUGAUGAAUAUGAGCUACAAGUUAUGACUAAAAAUAACAAUCCAAAUAGCUUUAUUGUUGUGCUGCAGAGAAGUCAUCAAGGUUUCAAUUGAA